AUGGAGAACGUGUUAGUUGUUUUUGGUAUGCCAUCAUCCAGGAAAAGCAGAAGUGUUGGAGAAAUAUUAUGUACAUUUGAAAGAAAAUAUGCCUUAGAAAUCGAUGGAUAUUGGAGAUAUGUAGAUCUAGAAUAUUUACUUCAAUUAUAUGAAGCAAUAAAUUUACAGGCUGGAAUUUAUCUAGGAAAUUUUGAAGUUAUCAAAUUAUCUGAAAUUUCAAAAAUUAUAAGUGAUUAUGGAUUUCCUGAUUUUUUGAUAAGACAUUGUCUUUCAAUGUUAUCAGAAUCAAAAUGUGAAAAUGAAUUAGAUCCAAUUUUCAUAUUAUCACCUUCAAAAGUUAGUAGAUUUGUUGCCAUAGUUCUAUUAGAUACGCAUAAUAAUGGAGAUUAA